GAAUUUCUACUGUGAAGGCCAGUGAAACUAUUGCCACGCAGGACACAAUGUUCCUUCACCAGCCAACUCACAGCUUGAACAGCUUCUGGAGGAUAACCUGGAGGCAGUCACAGUCCCUAAGUUGCUAUAGAAGCUUCUCCUCGUCGAUCACGCCAACGAAACUAGCUUAUGAUGAACACAUACCUUCCGACGGUAACAAGAACGAACGGCCUUUAGUAAUAUUACAUGGCUUUUUUGGAUCGAAGCGCAACUGGUCCUCACUAUCCAAAGCAUUUAUGAAAGAUUCAGGCCGACCAGUAUUCUCGCUAGACCUUCGUAAUCAUGGAUCAUCACCACAUGUGAGGCCUAUGACAUACACACAUAUGGCGGCUGAUGUGCUGAGUUUCUGUCAAUCGCACUCGCUUUCGAACAUUACACUCCUUGGGCACUCAAUGGGAGGAAAAGUUGCUAUGAGCCUAGCACUCGAUCUAGAUUUGCCUGAUGACCUACUAGCCCACCUCAUAGUGUCCGAUAUUGCACCAGUACGAGCUGAUCUGUCUGCGGAAUCCCGUAGUCACAUUGAGGGAAUGAAGAAAAUUGAAGCGAGCAAUGUUUCGACACGGAAGGCAGCCGGAGAUAUCCUUGCUGAAUACGAAAAUGAUCCCAAUGUUCGAGCAUUCCUUCUUACUAACGUCGACAGUCAUUCGAAACCACCGCACCUCAAAUUCAAGGUUCCACUUGACAUACUUGAAGAGGGUAUUCCAGACAUUGGAUCUUUCCCUUAUGCACCGGGUGAAAGAAUAUGGGAAGGGAGUACACUUUUUGUCAAGGGAAAGAAGAGCGCAUUCAUCAAUAAACAUAACAUUCCAACUAUAAAGGAGUUUUUCCCACUCGCUUUUCUCGAUGAGCUAGAUACUGGACACUGGGGUAAGCCGCGCUAUCGUUCAUUCUCCAUGGUGCACAAAAUUAAUUUGAAACUGACAGUACAUGCUGAGAUGUAA